AUAGCCUCAGCCGGUGUAUCAGAUGGAACUGCUCGAUUUAGACGAAGACUCGUUGAUGGAAAUUUUCUCCUACUUCUCGUUUGACGAGCUGCUGAUGCUGUCCGCCGUCUGUGGUCGUUUUCUGCAGCUUUGCCAACGACACCUACGUAAAAUUCGACACUUUGAGCUAGACUACCGUGCAAUCGCGGGCUGCGAAAACUAUGAGCAACGGCUGCAGAACAUCUUUCGCAGUCUUGGACCGUCGAUGGUUGCGUUCCGGCUAUCGGCCGGGUACAUUAUGGACGAAAAGCUAAAACAAACCAUCGUGGAUAAUUUGGCCAGGUAUUGUACAUCCUUGCGGCAUCUUACAAUCAACUACACAGUCUUAACCGAGCUGCACCUGAGACCGCUGGCGGUUCUACUGCGUACGCUCGUCACUCUCGAUCUUGGCCGCUGCGAUUUGACCGACGCCAGUCUGGCCGAGUUUCUGCAGUCCCAGCCUACGUUGCAGUUGCGUACCCUGGCCAUCGCAGGCAACCCGAAUCUUUCCGGUGCUUUCUUCGCCAACUGGACCAACUGCCCCAUGCUGGAGCAGCUCGAUUUAAGCUACUGCUUUUCGCUGAACGUCGAUAUGAUGGAGGAGUUCCUGAAGCAUGCCAAACGGUUGGCCGCCGUCGACGCCACCGGAAGCCUUUGGUUGCAGCGCAACAAAGAUAUUUUCCACAAGGAAGGCCGCUCCAUUACGAUGGGUACCGAGUUGCCGGAACUGACAUAUUUUAAAUCGGGGUAAACCGUUUUUUGGAACCAUUUGAAGAGAUAUCCUUCCAGAUUUGAAGAUGAGCUGUGGUGCUUACAUUCCACAACUUCCACUGCAAAUGUUUUUAUAUUAUAUUUUACUCCGAUACUUUCAGAAACAAAACAGACUCCACUCUCAGAAUAUAAUUACACAAAAUUAUGAUAUUAUAGGUGAAGAAUGGUGGAAAAAUAUACAUUUGAAUAUUUAUAAUGCAUUUCAAGAGUGCCGAUCAAUGUAGAUAAGGAAUUGUACAAUCAUCCGUCCAAAUUUAACUAUUACGUUUUUCAUAUUUUAUACAAUUUCGUCCACAAUACAAACUCAGUAACGGUUUAGAAAUAAAUUAAAAGCUACAGCAAAAGAUAAAU